UUAUUUUUGGAAAGUCGCGGGGCAGAAAUAGAUCUUAUUCUGUGAAUCGGCCCAUCACGAUGAUCAGGUUAUGUUUACAAUUAAAUGUGAGCUUCCAUUACCCAGUUGAGAUGAUAAUGCCAGGAAAAAGGAAAUCGCCUCAACUACAAGCACACGGGAUGUGACCGUAGUUAACUACCGCGAACAGACCUAGCGUGUUCGACUUGAGUGUGGCACGGCCGUGAAUACACUUCACACGGCACCGGCACCAUGGCCGCUGUCAACAACAAGCUCCGUUUGGUGUCGGUAACUGGAGAAACAUGGCACCAAAUCUCACAUUCGUACACUCAGAGUUUUGCGUGGAUUAUCUUCGUCUGUAUCGUCCGAUCAUCAGUUACAGACGCUUACGAUUUUUACAGCAGUCAAUCGGAUACGUGGACUACGGCGACCGUGAGCAUCACGUACAAGGACCCCGCCACGGGAAAUGAGACCACGGAGAAGCAGACCGACGCCGGGAGAUUUAGCUCCGGCCCCGCCAACCCGGCCAGCGGCGUUCUGGUCUAUCGCCGCGGAGUUCACUCCCAAGGAUGUGUGCCCUACCGACCCAAGCUUUUACCCAUGCAAUUGCGGAAAGGAGUGCAGUGGAUUGCCCUCGUUAAGAGGGGAAAUUGUACAGACACAGAAAAGAUUAAGCUGGCUGAAAAAUAUAAUGCGUCUGGUGUUGUCGUGUUUGACAACAAACCGGGCAGUGAGCUGUAUACAAUACAAAAUAAAGGCAAAAUUCCAGCUGUACUUAUUAGUGCUGAAAACGGGCAGCGCAUUGUGGCGUUGGUUGAAAAUGGAACCAGCGUCACGCUUCAUUUUGAGGUGGGCAAAACAAUCAUCAAGAGCGUCCAAUUCAAGAAAUCCUCGGUCCUCUUUGUGUCGGUGGCAUUCAUCGUGUUGAUGAUCAUUUCGCUGGCCUGGCUGGUGUUUUAUUAUAUUCAGCGCUUCCGGUAUGCACAGGCCAGAGACAGAACACAGAAACGACUGAGUCGAGCAGCCAAGAAAGCUAUCGCUAAACUCCCAGCCAAACAUCUCAAAGAAGGUGAUGAUGAGUUGGUAGACAGUGAAACUUGCCCAGUUUGUCUGGAGGGUUACAAGGCAUCGGAUUUAGUUCGGGUUCUCCCAUGCAAGCAUUAUUACCACAAAUAUUGUGUGGAUCAGUGGUUAAUAGAGCACAGGACGUGUCCGAUGUGUAAGCUGAACAUCCUGAAGGCUCUUGGAUAUGGGAAUCAGCUGACAAUGCGUGCGAGUGAAGAGGCGCUUUACGUCUUCGAAUUAGGCCAAAUCAUAUUCAAUUCCAACAUGGAAGGAGAGGAUUCCCACAUCCGAACGUCAAGUCUACGGACGUCCCAUCUCACGCGAUGGCCGUCAAACACACAACAGAGCGUGCGUGUCUUGGCUGUCACCGAGGAUGCGCAGUCAGAAGGAAGCAGAUCAGACGAGAGUAGAAACGGCUCAUCAAGUUCAGAAGGUAUUCUACCUCCUGUCACAACAACAGUAGAGCUUCAUAGAAACUGUCCGAGCCCCACAUCGAGUGACACGCCUUGUCUGGGCUCCACCUGCGUCUAGUCCCAUCAAACCGCUAGCUCCUAUCUCCGAGCUACUAACACCUGCUACACCAAUAUCUACCAAUUAAUAUUACGCUGUGUGUGCUCGACUUAAAGUGGGUCGUGCGUAUGGAACUUUGACGCUCACAGACACAUGUGGUACUUCUAAAAGGACAAAAUGUAGAAUUUAUGUCCAACUGACAGUUGAGAAAGCAUGAACCAAAGUUGUUGCAACCAAAAAGAUACACAGUAUACCCUUGACAAAUAGGUCAAUGCUUCCUGAGUUCGACACUCACGGGUAUCUAAGCUCCGUCAAAAUCAGAAUUUUCCAUCAUCGAUAUACAGUGGACACUUGAUAAGUCAAACCUCUGGGGUAUUGGCUCAAAUUUUGAGUUAAGCAGAGUUUUGAGUUAUCCAAUGGAUUUUCUGUUCAACAACAAUUGACGGGAAUAAGUUUUUACUUUGAGUAAGAAGGGUUUCUGAAGUUAACGGGUUUUGACUUAUCGAGAUUUCACUGUAUCGGAAAUCCAAUAUCGAAAAUAUUCGAUAUAUCAAUUAUCCCAUGUAAAAGUUAAAGACCAUGAAUUAAGAUGACACUUUGAUUAAGAAAAAGGAGAAUCUUAAGUCCCAAUUAUCCACGGCUUUCUCUGGAGCAUUUUGCUCAAACUUUUUUAUAACAAAUCUCAGCAUUGAGAGUUUGUCCAAAAUGGGCGGUUGCUUUUCAGGUUUUAUAUUGGGAGAGACCGCGAAUUCCAGCGAAUGCAGAGCACAAAGUGAUGCCACUUGGUAUUCCGCGAUGUUUGCAUUUUGAGUCACAACUUUUGAGUCAGGACUUUUAUUUCAUUAUACAGCAU